UUUUAAUGUUACAGAAAAGUGUCAACAUAUUUUGUAAGUACGUGUGUGCCCUAUUUACUAUGUUCAUUUAGGCGAAGUUUAAUUGAGACUGCACGUUAUGAGCUCAUGAAAUUAUAAGGUAAGUAGUUUCUUAGUGUGCUAUUAUAAAACAAAUAUGCAGGUAACAUGUAAUGGAAUUAUAUAUUAACUAACUAGCCUACGGUUCUAGCGGUAAUGAGUCUAGCCAUGAUAAAAAGAAAAGGAAAAAAAUAAACAUAUGACAAGAUGUUCGAAGAUAAUUCUCAAGAGACGGAGAUGUGAUCAAGCGACACGUGCCUGAAAAAAAAAAAAAAAUGGCAGGUAAUGUAUAGUAGAAAGGUGUUCUGAUGUAGGCCUAUCAUUUCUCAGAAACGUGUAGAGUAUGUGGAGUAAUUUUCCUAAGUGACUAAGUGGAAAGUGCAUUUGACUUUUUUUUCUCUCUCUUCCGUCACAUUUGAAGUAUCUCUAGAAAUAUAAGACUUUGGUAACGGUUACUUGGCGCUGCAGCUUAAAUCAUGCGGCGUUCAGAGUGCGUUACAAGCCAGAGAAACAAGAAAUCGAGUCUUUGCAAAUAAGAAUCUGUGACUUUUGAGGAUCAUUCGUUGCAACUUUAACUCGAAUUCAUUUAGUACAUUUUAAACCUUUAAAUGUACAGUAGCUAUAGAUAUGGAUGUAGCGAAAUACAUGUAACGGGAUUGGAAGAGAUAGCUGUCAUGGAGACGCUUUUGUAUUAACUUGAUCUCUUAUCGCUGUUAUCGCUAACAAUGAUUCAUGUGAACAAAGGGACAUGCGAUGAAAUGCGUCAUCACUUUAUAUUAAUCAAAGUACGAGUACACAGUAUUCCCUCUUCCUACAGCCGAUGGUGUCAAAUCAGAAUCCAAUUGCUGUCACGAACUGCUUUUGUCAUUCAGUUUAACUCAGUUACCCCCUCAUAUUCGAGGAAUCACUGUAAAAGUGCAGACAUCAUCGCAAUGCGCCAGCCGCGGGCAUCGUCAGCCUUCGCCACCCUAUGACUCCGAAAGACGUCCUUCAUCGGACUCUCCAGAAGCGAAGCGUGACUUGGAGGGUCCGACAUGGAGUCCCUGUGCCAUACUUUCGCUUGGAAGACCGGACUUCUGCUCCUGCUGGUGUCCCAAGGCGCCUCCCAGGACUCACGAGGACCUGCCUCAGUCCUGCGAAAUGACUUCGACCGGAGAGUGUGUGACUCGCCUUCCCCAACCUCUGCAGAGCCAGUCGAGGACGACCUAUCGUGCGUGUCGCAGAGCCUUCGCAAGCUGAAAUGUCAGUGGCAGACCGCGAACCAAAGGGACGCUAAGAUGUACCUAUACGUCAACACUUUCACGGGGAAUCCUGAACAGCCGUGCACAUGCAGUGAGGACUGGUGUGGUUCUUGCCCUGGGCUUUGCUGCUCGUGGAAAGUGUCCCCUUACGACCCAACUUGUCUCGCGAUCAUGAUAAAAACUGCAACGGCCACGCAAGUCUGCAACGUUACAUUCAACCAUUCAAUGAUCGUUCUACCCGACCCAGCUGACGAGGUUAAGGUCAACCAGACAGAGUCGUAUCGCGAGCUCGAAGUAAGCUGGGAAACGCCUCUGUACCUUUCGGAAUUCGAGCCUGGGUUUUUCUACACCGUGGGCUACAGGCCUAAGGAUGUCAGUGCUUAUGGUCUUCGCGACUGGCAGAACGAAACAGGAUAUUAUCAUGGCAGAAGUACAACAGUGAGGCUGACGUCGCUGCACGGCUGGGUGGACUACGAUGUGCGCGUGAGACUCCGCUCGGGGGCACGACCGCCGCCGUGGCCCGACAAUGGCACCGACGGAUGGUGGUCGUCCGAGGCCUCUGGCAGCGGUUCCACGGCGCAGGGAGCGCCCGAGGUUGCCCCAGCCGUGGGCGUGGGGACCUUCGAGGUCGAGAGCGACGCCGACUCCGGGCGGCGGGCGGUCGCGCUGCAGUGGCGCCCCGUGCCCCCGCUGCUGCACAACGGACCCGGCCUGGAGUACCGCGUCCUGGUCAGGGACCAAACGAACAACACAGUUAGAAAUCUCACAGAAAUUGGAUCAUCUGUUAGAAUCGACAACCUCAACAAAAAUACGAGUUACAGAAUGGAAAUCACCGCCGCGAACCGCGCCGGCGUCGGCCUCGAGACGGCGGCGGUGCGCAUUCCCGCCGCCCCGCCUCCCGCCCCGCUCCUGCCGGCAGUCGUCUACCACGCAGGGACUCGCCACUACGAACUCAGGUGGCCGGCAGAAGAGAACCUCACCUACACGGCCUACGUCUGCACCGACGGCCUGCCUUCCAGCGCGCCGUGCAAGAACAAUUUGUACUGGAAGAACUUGGGUUCAGCAUCAGCGGUGAACCUUACUUUGGAGGAGUUGAACGUGACUGACUCCCUGACUCCUGACAAGGUUCGCUUCGCGCUGUCAGCUGAGACCUUCGCCGAGGACUCCAGCGGCAUGGCCUGGGACAGCUGCGUCCAUCCCCAGCAGUACAACACGCAGCAUUCCGCGCCCGAAAUCUUCCCAGACUACGACAGCACGAUGAACAGCGUGAGUCUGCGCUGGAGUGCGGACUGUGUUGCUCGAGGGGGGGUGAUCGAGGAGGUGCAGGCGAUCUGGUGCGAAGGCCACGGCAGCUGCGAUGAUGCAGGCAACGAAACCCCCAUGAAGAACGAGAGCGACGUGUUUUCGGGCGUCGUGGUGCUGGACGGCCUUCGCGAGGGCUCGGACUACGCGACGAACCUGAGACUCAAGUACCGAGGCGGCUUCUCGGGAUGGUCCUCCCCGCUGCUGUUCUCGACGAAGUCUUCAGUUCUCCCGACGUGGCUCAUCGUCAUCAUCGUCAUUGCGGCUGUUGCAGUCACUGUUGUGGUCCUCGCCGCCGGCGUCUACAGCAGGAGGAGAAUCGAAGUCAUGGUGCGAGAAGUUCGGAGGGAGAUCCAUCUACCCGAAGGCCUGGAUGAUCAUCACUUUCCCAGUGGAAAAGCAGGCGAGAUAGAUGUUGACGUGCCUCUUCGGCCAAUCGACGUGGGCGACAGUCAGUCCAACAAGAAUGUAUAUGUGGUGUCAUCGCAGGUGCUGCCAGUCGACAAGAUGCAUCUUCAGUCGCCAUCCUCCGGAGACCGAAGUCGUGCGCAGAACAACACUGAAGAAAGAAAACUGUUUGCCCAAAAUGGCUACGUUCUUCCCAUGUUCACUACCGACGUCAGCGACGAUGGUCAAGGUAGAGUUCACGAAACUAAUUACAUCCCCGUAUUCACUUCUCUUCCUUCUGGUCAUGUUGAGAACUGUUAUGAAGGAUUGAAAGACCCUAACCCUAGAUAUGUAGCAAUUGUACCUCCUAAUUCAAAUGUUUGCAAAAGUUCAAGCAUGAACAUAAAUACGGAUGAAGAGGGAAAUACUCAUACACAAAUCUGGCAAGGUUCAGAAGGGAUCAUAGGACAAGGAUGAACGUGGAGCAUCUCCCGGCUAUGUUGUUUUUCCGACGAAAGAGUCACGUGAUUCAGGAGUGGUCAUGGAUAAGGGUGACCAGGGAAAAUCGUCUAUAGGUUAUGCUUCUCUUCAGGUAGUUGGUAUGGAUACACAAAUUUUCCAAACCCUAAAAGAGAAUACUGAUAGAGAUGGAAAAGGAAUAUCUACUAACUUUGUAGCUUUUCGAGCUGGAGACUUUACUACACAAAUCUCCCAUGGUUUAAGAGAAAACAGUGUUAGAGAUGAACAAGGAAAAUCAUCUGGUUAUAUAACACUUCCAGCAGCAAACUCUGUUAUGCAAACUUCCAAUUGUUCAGGAGAGAACAGUGAUAGAGAUGAACAAGGAAAAUCCUCCGGUUAUAUAACACUUCCAGCAGCAAACUCUGUUAUGCAAACUUCCAAUUGUUCAGGAGAGAACAGUGUUAGAGAUGAACAAGGAAAAUCAUCCGGUUAUAUAACACUUCCUGCAGCAAACUCUGUUAUGCAAACUUCCAAUUGUUCAGGAGAGAACAGUGUUAGAGAUGAACAAGGAAAAUCAUCCGGUUAUAUAACACUUCCUGCAGCAAACUCUGUUAUGCAAACUUCCAAUUGUUCAGGAGAGGACAGUGUUAAAGAUGAACAAGAAAACUCUACAGGCUAUAUUUUUUCCACCCACUGAUUUUCGCGAAAUAUCCAUUAAAAAAUCUCCAUUCCCAAGCUACGUAGCUCUUCCACCAGUGGGAGUCCUCAGAGUUCUAUUGGCCUGGGGCAGAUAAACAGACUUGCAGCAGAAUCAAAGGCUCAUUCAAAACAAGAAGCAAACAAACGAGAUUUAAGUGUAAAGACUGGAGCUUAUGUGGCGAUGGAUUCCUUUAAAGUACAAAACUUAAAGGGGGAAACAGACGCCAAGCUUUCUUAAGCUUUAUGUCUCCCUCGAUGUCACUGUAAAUUAAAUUACUUAGUGAAUCAUGAUUUCUCAUCAGUAUCGAUGGGAAUCACUGCAUCAUUUUGUACAGUGUUGUUCGGGGAUGCUGGAUGAUAUUUAAAUUGGCGGUUAUCUGUCCAUGAAAUACUUCUUACUGAAUUUCGACCCAAAUCCUGUGUUUAAUUUUUGUACAUAAAAAGAGCCUUAUGCAUUGAAAGAUAAUUUAUAGUACAAAUUAAGAAUUCACAAAUAGAAAUGGUACUUGAAUAAGCAUUACUCUAAUACUGGUUUCUACACAAGAGGCGUCUCUUAAGUGAAUGCUCUUGUAAGAUAUGGCAAAUGUCACAGGAAACGUGAAUCUAACAUCACAAAAUCUGAAAAUUCUCAUUGACUGAGGCUCUUGACAGGGGCAGAUCGAGAAGCAGAGACAAGGAGAAUGACAAGGAUGAUGGUUAUCAUUUAUGUUGAUGAGGUAAUAAUGAUAAUGCUUAUGAUGCUGAUCUCUAAGACUGUAAGUUGUUAUUCUGUUAUUGAAUAUCGUGUACCCGUAUUUUUUUCAACUUUCCAGUGUACGUUCAUACUAGAAACGAUGAAUUCAGACUAAUUCAGGGUGGUUCUGCUACGGGGCCAAUUAUGUCCCCUGGACUGAUGGACACAGAACAUUAAAUAUCUACUACUGCAAGGUUGUGUAUGUGAAAUAACACCGAAUGAUUAGAUAGGUGCGAUUGAGUAAACCGCACAUAUACAAAACAAUAUAUGGUCCUCGAUUCAAGUCAAUGAAAUUUAACUUCCUUGACCUAGAUUAUAAAUUCCAGAUUUUAUUCAUGUAUUUUAAGCAAAGAUUUGUCGUGUCGUGUCUAAUGAUUAUUCUUUUAUAAUCUACGAUUCAUAAUCACAUGAUACUCUGAUACUCUGUCGAUCUGUACUUUUUAGAUGUUAAGUGAACAGUAAUUAUCAUGAGGAGUUUUAAUCUGUAUGAUUUUAUUCAUUUCUUGCUAGAUCAAACUCGAUCAGCAAAGUUUAACUGUAAAGAUCUUUCUUGAAGCUUUAAAGAUUAUUUGAAAAUGAAUGCUUUAUUGUUUUUUUACUAAAUGAUCUGUAUUUUUUUUCUUCUUCUUUUUGAUUUGCUAUGAGAAGUAAUUUCCUCUCUUUUAUUCCCCAUCUAUAUGUUAGUUGUAGUCAUCUCCUUAGUGUAAAUGUAAGAAAUUUUAAUGCGUGAUUUUAUUUUUUUUCACGUGGGUGUAUAAUGUAGUAUAUCUAUAUAAAGAAGCAAAAGUCUAGUCUACAAAUUCCAGUUGAAUAUUACACACAUAACAACAGGAGGAGGUUUUCCAAUGUAUUUUUUUCCUGAGGCUGGCUUCUUUUCUCUCUGUGUUCCUGUAAGCCUUCUUGAUACUCUCAUCUUCGUUUCUUUUGCUUCUCACUGAACAUUCAUGUUCUUGCAUUUAUUCUUGAUACACUUUAUCAUAUUGUCUUGAUAUAAAUGAUAACAGGUAAUAAAAUUUUCAUUCGUCUUCA